CUGACACAGACCUUCCCACACACUCAGCAUACAUCCCUGAAGCUCCGGGUUUGUAGAACAGAAUGGGACCUCGCACAGCAGUCGGGCCGUCCAAACAGCACAAGGUUUCUCGGAAUCGUCAUGGUAGAAGGAGUGACGGGUAUUACGAUGAUUCUCCUGUGCUCAAUAACCCAAAGUCAGUGUUAAAAAGGCAGGUGAGUCCAGAAGAGCUGCAGAGACCUGGAGGGAAAUACCUAAAGAGGAGCUUUACUAUCGUCGGUGACGCCGUGGGCUGGGGGUUUGUCGUGAGAGGCAGCAGUCCGUGUCACAUUCAGGCUGUCGAUCCGAGUGGACCAGCUGCCGCUGUCGGAAUAAAGGUAUGUCAGUUUGUAGUGUGUGUAAAUGGGGUGAACGUUUUGGAGAUGGACUAUCGGACAGUCAGUCAUCUCAUCCUGACCGGACCGCGCACUGUUGUCAUGGAGGUGAUGGAACCAGUCGACUGCUGAGGACACGACGAAAGGGAGCAACUCUAAAACCCGAAGAAGAAUUCGAAAAGAAUUGGGAGAAAAAAGACUAAAAUAUGUUGGGCCACAUAAUAUACAAGGUAAUGACUCAUAAACUGGUGCAUCGGAUUGCCCGGGAAAAAAAAAAGUGUAAAUUGAACCCUUUGUAUUUCUAAAGAGAAACUUUUGGGUGUGUUGACUGCAAAACAGCUCAGGUGCAGGCGAAGUCCACUUGUACAAGAGCAUCUCGAACCAACAGGUGGAAAUACUACAAUCCUAAGAGUAAAGCCAAUGUUGGCCAAUUAGAAGCCUGAAAAAGAAGGCUAUUAUCGGGUGCGUCACACCUAACCAUAAAACAAAGGUAACACCAUGUUCAAAGUAAGCUUUAUGUGUGGAGGAAAAUCCAGGACGCAUAAAAAAUAGUGGCUUGUAUUGUCAUCCCAACCAUAUACAGAUAUGUACAGUUCAGUGAAACGAAACAACCAUGGUGCUACAUAAAACAACACAGAACUACACAAAACUAAAAUAAUUACAAUAAGGAACAUAAAUGCACAAAGUGCAUAAGUGCAAAACCCUGCUAAAAAAAAAAAAAACAUUAUGCACAUGUGGAAAUAUUUGACCCCAACACUAUGUAAUGCCAGAACUGAAAAGCAUUCAGUGAGUUUAAAGGAAUGAUGAAAUGAUACCUAUUUAAUGAUCUUUUAUAAGCCAACCAUAAAUGCAGUGAGGUGGAAUAAAUAUAACAACACUAUACUUUUUCUUUUUUUUAACAUACUUCCAGUCCAUGUUUCUGCUUUAAAUACAAAAACAUACAGUAAUAAUGUCUUUUGUGUUUGAUCUUAUGAACAUGAACAAAAACAUAUUUAAUUCACAAGUAUAAACAAUACCGUGAUACAUACACAGAAAUCAAAUUAAGAUGUGUAAAAACAGGCCUUGCAAAAAAACUGCACCUGGUUUCAUUAUCAUCAUAAAAUAAAUUGUCAUGGGUGGAGGGGAUUUCAUGCCACAAAGAGCAAUCAUGAUGAAGAUAAAGGAGCUAACUAAACCUUUCGGUCUAACAUUUUUUCAAAUCAUUCCCAGAGCCAUAGCAGACUAAUUAUUCGAAAGCUAACAGAGAAGUCAGCAGUCAUUAGAAAAAAUUGCAUGAUGAUCUGAAAGCGACAGUAGCAUCAGUUAGACAAAACAGGAAGCAAUGAAGUACAAUACAAUUCAACUCAUCUGCUACAAAACAACAAGCACAUACUUAUACAUAGACAUAGGCUGAGGUAUUUAGACAAAUUCUUUUGAAAUAACUCUUUACCAAUAAUUCAGCUCCUCAUGUAUAUAUAAAAAAAAGGUGUGUGUCUAAUUCUUAAGAACAGUAUACUGUAUCCAAAGUGAAACAUGGUGGUGUGAGCAUCAUGAUGCACGAUCGCUCCUCUGCAAAUGGUACUGGAUGCAUGACAAGCCAUGAUUGCCAGAAACAUGAAUGGGGCAAUGUACAGUACCAGGAUGUUCAAGAGAAGAAUUUAAUCCCAAUAGCCAGGAAAUUCACUCUGGGUAGAAGAUAAACAUCAAUAAAACAUCAACUGCAAACACUUAGGCCUUCAGUCACUUAAAAAUGAAAGUGGAGGUGCUUGCAUGGACUAGCCCUGCAUCUCCUGACUUAAUUUUAAAGGAAUUUAAAAAAAUUAAAGAUGACUUGCCAAGAGGAAUGAGAUUAAAAUCAAACCACGGUGCUGAAAAAAAAAAGAUAAUUUUUACCCGAGACUUCUCGAAGCUGUGAUUGUCAUCGACAGCCUGCAACAAAGUGGUAAUGUUAUUAAUGAUAAUUUGUGGUGUUUCUAUUGAUUUGGCCGUAUCUGUUUUUUUUUCCAUCAAAUGUACAAACUCAAAAGACAUUAUGUGUAUAAAUUUCAAGUGGGUAUGUGUACUGGAAAAAUCUUAAUAAAUACUUCUCCUUUCACUACAUUAGCAGAUAUUUAUUACUAGAUCCUAUCAGCACUUAUCAGAUUGUAGAUAUUGUUCAUUUGAGAUGAUGAUUAGUAGGAGUUUUCAACUAGCAAUUUUAUACUCAUGGACAAAAGAAACAUUACGCAUAUACAUUUCUUACUAAAUUAAUUUCUGUGAAAUUUUUAAAAUUUGUUUUUAUACAACGUGUGUCCAUCAGGAGCAGAAAUGAAACCAAAAUUCAGACAACAGUGACAAUGAUGUACAGUAGAGUCAACAUUGGUCCACGACACAUCUUUCUUGCAUGUCCAUCAAUUUAUUGUGUGUAAGCUGGGAUUACCAGUAGCGGUAGUGGCAGCAUUUUUUUUUUUGUUUUUUUUUUUUGCAUGAUUUCUCAAAUGACACUAUUGCAUUAGUUUUUCUUGUCUUGGUGUUGAUGCUCUUGGCCUUCCAGGCGUAGGGCGAUGGAACCAGUUGUUCGGAAUCUGUUCCAUAUCCUGGAAAUGGUGUUCCUUGAACUUUCGAUACUAAGGCUCUACUGAGCAUGACAGUGAUUUUACCUUAUCUGUGUUAUAUAUUUUUCAAGGCAAACACAAUUAUAAAUUUUAUUUUGGGCUUUUAUAAAGGUCCAA